AGGAAACAAGCAGCAGAGAACCAGCUGGAGGCUCGAGACUGAUUUAAAGACGAUCAGUCCAUCCAAGGUUCCUUCCUGCGGCAGUAUGCAUGUGUGUGUGUGUGUGUGCUCACAGAGAUGGGGGGUCAGGCCUCGUCAGUAGAGGACGUCCAUGUCGUGGUCGUUGGCGGUGGAUUCGGAGGCAUCGCGGUGGCUCAGCAGCUGAAAUCUGGAGGACUUUGUUUCACUCUGAUCGACAUGAGAGACGCAUUUCAUCACAACGUGGCGGCGCUCAGAGCGUCCGUACAGUCCGGCUUUGCUCGGAGGACCUUCAUCCCGUACGCUGAGACCUUUGGAGACAGUUUUGUUCAGGGACGAGUUCAGCGAGUCGACACCGACAGACAGACGGUCGUCCUGGAGGGAGGAAGGGAGAUCCAGUACUCCCACCUCAUCCUGUGUACUGGGACUGAUGGAACCUUCCCCGGGAAGUUCAACACUGUGGCAUCGUAUCAGACCGCCGUCCAGACAUACGAGGACUUCGUCAAGCAGGUGCAGGCAGCAGGCUCAGUGUUGGUGGUGGGAGGAGGGUCGACCGGUGUGGAGAUGGCUGCUGAGAUCAAGACCGAGUAUCCGGACAAGAAGGUUGUGCUGACAGCGGGCUGCCUGGCUGAUAACGGAGCUUUAAAGGUGAACGAUCACCUGCAGGUUGAAGGUUUCUCUAACGUCUUUGCUGUGGGCGACUGCGCCAAUGUCAACGAGCCCAAGAUGGCGUACCACGCCGGGCUGCACGCCACCGUCGCCGUGAGCAACAUCAUCAACAGUCUGAGUGGGAAGGAGCUGACCUCAUAUCGCACAGGUAACGUCACCAUGUUGCUGGCGAUGGGCCGUGACGACGGUGUGGGUCAGUUUAACGGGCUGAGGUUGCCUCGUUGCCUGGUUGCUCUGGGGAAGAGUCGAGAUCUGCUGCUGUGGAAGAGCUGGAGGGAGAUGCAACAGAAGCAACCCUGACACACACACACACACACUCACACACACACACACGUUCGUACACUUGUGAGGACCGUGACCAAGGACUUUAAUAUGAACCCAGGUUACUGACGCAGGGCAAAGGUCACAUUUCUUUGUGUUUACAACUUUACAAAAACAACCUGUAAACAUUCAUGUGGACGUUUUAAAAUUCAGACGGAUUCACAUGGAAACGGUCUCAGUUUUUAAAUCACAGGGAGGCUGUUGUUUCUCCUCAGUUCAGCUGGAGUCUUCUUCUUCUUCUUCUGGUAUUUAAACACUGUAGAGUGAACGACAGCUGACUUUAGGUCUGUUUAACAUCGUACAUGUUACAGUUAUUUAGAUUAAAUUAAAAAAACACCUCAAGGGAUUUGUUUUUUAAAUUUGGCACAAACGUUCACCUGGACCCAACGAUGAACUUAUUAGAUUUUGGUGAUCAAAGGUCACUUUGAACUCAUCCAUCUCAUUCUCAUGAAUGAGAUAUUUUAAAAAACUUUGGCACAAAUGUUAACUUUGACUUAACAGCAAACAUUAGAUUUUGAAGGUCACCUUGCGCCCCCCUUAUUCUCAUGAACACAAUAUCACAAGAAUGCCUCAAUUUCUUCAAAUCUGGCACAAACAUCCACUUGGUGGGCAAAGAUCAAGGUCACUGAUCAUACAACCACAGGGCGGACUGGUGGGCGGAGUCAUACAACCACAGGGCGGACUGGUGGGCGGAGUCAUACAACCACAGGGCAGUGAUUGUAGUUUGAUCUUGUUUCCACAUUUGUUCUUUAGUUUCUGGCUCUUAAAGUUGAUGCAAAGUCACUUGUUUAAAUCUUAACAGUAUGAAUUUCAGUUCCCGUCAGUAAAAUAAACGUGUCAUUAUUUACAUGUGGACCGACAGCAGCCUGGUCCAGGUCAUAAAGAGUUAAUAACUGUAUAUUUAGCUUUAGGUAAACAUGAGUUAUCUGCUCCUGUUUCAUCGAGUUCAAGCUUUAAAAACAUCAAAUGAACAAACACAUUUAUAAACAGCUUCUUUAUUAUAUUUUUCAAACAAUAAAUAAAAUGUUUUGAACCUGAA